ACGCGAACGUUUCUCUCCUCCGUCUCUCGGAUCUACCCUUGACGUCUCUCUCGCCGAUCUUGUUGCUAGAUUCAAGCUUCCAAACCCUAAUUUCCUUUGCCAUUAGCAUCGAUUUCAGCUCAAACUUCAGCAUUGUUUGUCUGGUUAUUUGGGAUCCAAGGAGGCAACUAGUAGCUUCUCAAGUACUUCAGUGAUCAAGAUACAAUGUCAGCUUUGUUCAAUUUCCAUUCAUUUCUGACGGUGGUGCUGCUUGUGAUCUGCACUUGCACUUAUCUGAAGAUGCAAUUCCCUGCCAUUUUGGAGCAGAAAACUGGGUUCCGAGGAUUCUUUUGGAAGGCUGCUAGAAUAGGAGAGCGUUUGAGCCCUUGGGUCUCGGCAGGGUGCUUCAUGAUGGGAGUGUCGAUCAUUUUCUUUUGAGUUUAAACUUCUCACCUGUAGAUUUACAUCUUUGAGAUGCUCAUUUAAAGAUUCAAAGGGGUUGAUGAAACUGAAAGAGUAGAAUAUUAUUCUCCUUGGAUUAUGGUAUGGUCUUGUAUUUGGUACAAUCGUGUGUGUUGUUUUUGAUAUGGAACAUACGACAUUGGAGCCAGCCAUUAACACGCAUUUUUUUGUUU